GCAUACUUCUCAAUGCCCUUUAUCCUCUUUACCUCCCUUUUGGCUUUAUGCGAUUCCAUUGUUCAGGUAGAGUGCAGUAAAAAAAAAAAAAGAUGGGAACAGCACCAUAUUUCGAACCCACUCUUGAUUCUCAAUAAUAGAGUUUUGUGCAACUAUAAAAGCUACUCAAUUCCCUACUUUCACCACACAAUCAAACCAAACUACAGGCUUUGAUAGCCUUCCAUACACUACAGCAUUCAUAUCUGGGUGCUUUAAGAUGAACAGGAAGCCAGGAGACUGGAACUGCAGGUCAUGCCACAGCAGGAGGGACUCAUGCCAGCGCUGCGGUGACCCACGGUCAGGCGGCGGCGACCGCACCGAUUACGGUAGCUUUGGUGGUGGCCGCGGUGGCUCUUCCUUUGUAUUCAGUACUGGUUCUGAUGUUAGACCCGGUGACUGGUAUUGCCAGUGUGGUGCUCAUAACUUUGCGAGUCGCUCUAGUUGCUUCAAAUGUGGUGGGUUCAAGGAGGACACUUCAGUUGGCAUUGGAAACUUGGAUGGUGGUGAUGCGCCACGCCCACGAGGUUAUGGUUUUGGCGGCGGUGGUGGCGGUGGCAGUGGCCGUUCCGGAUGGAAAUCCGGUGACUGGAUUUGCACUAGGUCUGGUUGCAAUGAGCAUAACUUUGCAAGCAGAAUGGAAUGCUUUCGAUGCAAUGCGCCUCGUGAUUCUGGCACUGAAGUGUGAGAUUAUAACCAGAGAAGCGAAGAGAAGAGAAGGGAAGAUAGCAGUUCUUUGACUCCAGCACUAGUUUUGCCCUCCAGCCAUCUGUUGUAUUUUCUUUUUAUUGUUGGUUUUAAAGCUCUCUAAUGAAACAAUGGCUCCUGCCAUUUUUCACAACAGAGUGCUCAUUCUGAGUUUUUUUGUUUGCUUUAAAA